GGGCGAGCUUCGGUAGAGUGUGUCUGCGCAUGCGCGGCCUCAUGUUGCUUCAUGCUUAAGAGCUAAAUCUCCGAAGCCUGAGUUCUCAGGUUCCUGCCCAGGCAUGACCGUUCCGCCAUCUGUGAGCACGUUGGCCCUUGCCUCGCUUUUCUGUGCCUUAGUUUCCUCAUACGUGAAAUGAGGAAGUUAAUGGGACCUUCGCAAGUGGCGGUUUUGAGUUUUCCAAAGGUGCUGGACCAUCGGGACAAGGUUUAUGAGCAGCUGGCCAAAUACCUUCAACUGAGAAAUGUCAUUGAGCGACUCCAGGACGCUAAUCACUCGGAGUUAUAUAUGCAGGUGGAUUUGGGCUGUAACUUCUUCGUUGACACAGUUGUCCCAGAUACUUCCCGGAUCUAUGUUGCCCUUGGAUAUGGCUUUUUCCUGGAGUUGACACUGGCAGAAGCUCUGAAGUUCAUUGAUCGUAAGAGCUGUCUCCUCACAGAGCUCAGCGACAGCCUCACCAAGGACUCCAUGAAUAUCAAGGCCCAUAUCCACAUGUUGCUAGAGGGGCUUAGAGAAUUACAAGGUCUGCAGAAUUUCCCGGAGAUGCCUCACCAUUGACUUCUGCCCCCACUCCACUCCCCCACUUCAUAUUAAAGAGACUGAAUUCUUU